UCCUGAGCAAAAACAAACGCUCAAUCGAAGCCUUGAAAGAGCUCGAGCGCAUCGUCGAGCGUCGCAACGUCGACGCCUGGCCGUGCCUCUUCGGCGUUCGCGUCGGCGCCGCUCAGAUGACGCUCCUGUACGCCCUCGCGUUCACCACUUUCGCUCUCACGUGUGCAGCUAUCGCCAUCGAGGUCUUCGUUCGCACGCGUGCGGGUGCGAGCGCGGAUUCCACAUCCUCGUCUCUUCGCAACGUCUUGCGCGUUGGGUUCGCGCAUUUGAGCGCCGGCGUAUCUCAGUUGAAAGUCGACCACGUCGGAGCGAGCGGCUAGAAGCGUUUAGCGUUGUCGUGGCACUAUCAUUCUUACAGCGAGCCAGUGGACUCGACGCAGUGCAGGAUUAAGAGUGUCAUAGAUUAGGAAGAGGAUCGAAUUCGCCGCCGCGCGCCGUCGCUCGCCGCCACCGCGCGCGCGCGAAAACCCACACGAGCGCCGGCUCGGCGCCGCACAUCGCGAUGCUCGCCCGACCGAGCCGCGCGGCGACGCCGACGACCGCGUCGGUGACGGCGCGCGCGCGGACGACGGCGCGCGCGCGGACGACGCGCGUCGCGCGUCGCGCGCGCGCGGGCGUCGCGACGGCGACCGCGGACGACGACGAGCCGACGACGACGACGAACGACGACGGCGACGACGACGGACGCGCGGCGGCGGAGAGCGACGGCGCGGCGACGAGCGAAGACAUCGGUGCGGCGAUUCGCGCGGCGAAAGAGGCGAAGGCGGACGACGGGGCGAACAUAUUCGCCGGCGCGGCGGAGGAGGUGGGGUUGAUUGAGUGGCCGACGGCGGGCGGCGCGCUGAGCACGACGGCGUUGGUGAUGGCGGGUAUUUUCGGAAGCGCUGGGGUGUUGUUAGGGGUGAACGCGGUGCUGAGCGAGCUCUCGCAAAAGUUGUUUCCGUGAUGUUGUAAUGCCACGCGAGGCUUCGAUCGAAAGCGCGUCGUUUGAUUGAUUGUUCUCUCGGCAAGGCGCGCGCCCGAGCGCGUUUGAUUGUGCGUUUUCUUCAGUUAUAACAAUAGUGCUCCACGCGCGAGGCGAUGUGAACGAUUACACGCUCAC